AUGUCGAUUUCUUCAUCAAACAUUGAAGCAAAGAGGUGUCGGCACUGCAAUGCUGAGAUGGUGAAGCUAAUUUCCAAAUCCGAAAGGAAUCUGGGCAGACCGUAUUGGAAGUGCUUCACAACAUAUAGGGAGCUACAAGGAGUAGUGGCUAUGAAUGGGUGA